AUGGGAGUGAGAACAGCACAUGUGAAGUGUAGGUGUGGGUGCGUACGCACGUGGGAGCCUCUGGAUGUCGAGGCUGCAGCACUGGCAGUGUCAGUGGCAGUGAUGGCCCCUGCUCUGACGGAAGGUGGUCCUCAAAAGCCUGAAAAUUUGCUCCCUUCCCUUCCAGCUGGUGGAUUUCUUUCCCCAGAGCAGGCUACGCAGGUGUGCCAGAAUCGUGAAAUUCUGGCAAAAUUUGUUGUUUCUGCAAACGUCCAACCAUCAAAGAUUGACGAGCAGUGCUUACAUGGUAUAUCCAAGGAUCUUAUUCGUGAUGUCAUCAACUCGAAAUAUGCUAAUGAUCUUGAUAGUUUGUCUACAUUUACGCACGGAUCUGACUUGAUUACAAACAAGGCAUUAAUAAAGCAGGACUGUGGACAACUGGAUAUUCCAGGCAGUCCAGAAAAAAAGGUGACGGAUACUAUAAUGAACGACCCAUCUAUGGGUGAUCAAGCGGACAAUAUGGGUUUUUUGAAAUCAAGCGCAGAUUUGCCUUUGGUGGGCUCAGAAACAGCAGGAGAUAAUAAAAAUCUGGAUGUGGAUCAAAUAAUGGCUUUUGGUACGGAUAUAACUGCGGACAAUGAACAAUGUAACAUGAGCAAUGUUAGUGAUAUUGGACAGAAUGUGGAGGAGAUUUUACAAGUUAUUAAAUCUAUCGAAGGUGUGGAUAAUGCAGAAAAUAUCUCUGCAGAAAGUAAUGAACCAGUGCAAAGCGCAGUGGAUGGAGUUGAGAUGUUUUCUGAGAUGCCUGAAGAAGGAUUUUCUUCUUUUGAGAGAGAUUUACUUGAUGUUGAUGUUAUGAGCAUUUGCAAUAUCGCUGAUGCGGUGGACCAACAGAAAGUUAAUACCUUGAAGUUACAGCAAGAUAUUGUUGCCCAAAAACAACACGAGAGCGAAAGGAAAUGUGCAUUUUUAUUAAGAAGACUGAGAAAGCUUCAAGCAAGAAUAAUAGGUAGACAUGUUGCUGAAGAAAAUACCGGGGUUCUUGAGCUUGCUCAUCAUGGAGUGAAGAAAUAUCUUUUUCAAGAAUUGGUUAAUAUCGGUUCUAAGUCUAAUGUUAGAAACUUUCCUGAGAUUAAUAGUAGUUUGAGUUCGUUUUUACAAAAAAUUGAAAAAAUGUGUGUUGCUCAGAGUAAUAGUGUGAAUCGUCAGCGAUUAUGUUGCCGAUAUUUUGGUGAUGGAUCGCGUGACAAUUUGGGUAGUACUUCAGGUAAUAAUAGCAAUCGUCAGUCAGUGUUUGGUACUCCUCAAGUUAAAGUUAAAGGUGAAGAAGUAGAAAGUGUGGCUGGACCUUUAGCUACACAGCUACAUAUUGUGGAAUCUAAUCUUGACUCUGAUUGUACUGCAUCUAGUAGUGGUGGAGAAAGUUGUGAUGAAAUGCAAUCAUUUAAUAAUCCACAUCAACAAAGUAUAUCUAUAUCUAAACGAGCAGCAUGGAGGUAUGCACAAGAUCGUGCAGGUGUAGCUGCGAGAUGGACAUGGUUGCAAGCACAAAUAUCAGAUUUGGAAUACAGAAUUAGACAGCAUAAUGAAUUACAGCGGCAUAUUAGAGCUAACAAGGGAUUAGUGAUACUUGAUAAUGCAGAGACAGUAAAUGGAUAUAGCGGUGUUUUACCGGGUUCUACGGGACGUUAUAAUUCACCAGAAGGUGAAUUGCCUGCUAGUAGAACUCGGCCAUUUGUGUGGAGUUUUUAUAGAAAGAGGAAAUUACUGCAACUAGACAAGUUACACGAAGUCUCGAAACGUGCUGCAAAAGCAUCAACAGUAAGAUGUAAUUGUGAUCAUGUAUUACCAUCAUGUGCUUUAUGCACUGGAAGAUUGGAUCCAAUGCAACCACAAGAACCAAUUGAACAAAUGUCAAUACAAGAAAGAGUUGCACUUGUGGAUCCUAGUUUUCAUCCUGUUUUGUUAUUUCCUGAUGAAAUCACACAGGGAACUCAUCUUGAAGCUAUCAUGAAAUCAGUGGAAUGGCAACAAAAAAUGUUAAGGGGAAAUUUACGGAUUACACGUUUAAAAGAUAAAGAUACUAAUGAAAGGAGAAAUAAGAAACUUCCAGGGCAUAGAGCAAAAUAUGCAGCUCGGUUAAAAAAAUCAUCCUCAAGUAUCCUUACUGCAAGAAUUAAAAAGAAAAUGUUGAAAGGAAAACGAAAUAGGCUUGGUCAUGAUAGAAGCGUUCACAGUUUAAGUAGGAAGAGGGUACAGAAACUGACAACUGAAGAUGAUGAUGAUAUUAGUGCACUUUCCAGCUCCAGUAAGCAUUCAUCUCCAGUGCCUUCUCCUCUACACCAUACUAUCGCUUCUACUACAGAAAAGAAUAUAAUUAAAGAAAAGAAUUCUCAUGGACGCUUGAGGCAAAAUUCAUACGAUAUUGAUAAUAUAGUUAUACCAUAUAGUGUAGCUGCUUCAACUAGGCUUGAAAAGUUACAAUACAAAGAAAUAUUAACACCAAAUUUGAAGAUAUGUCGGACGAAACUAUUGCUUUAAGACAUGAACGAAGUGAACGAGAAGAGAAUAAACGUUUCAUGAUGUAUAUGAAUAUGCCGCAUCAAUCUCGUAUUCGACACAAUCGUAGAACAGAUAGUCGAACAGAUAGUGGUGCAAAUACACCAGAUCCUAUGUCUCCACAUGCAAGUGAUUUUGGUGGAGAUAUUAUGUCACCAAUCACGUCACCUCCUGCAACUCCUCAAGUUCAGGAAUCAGAACAUCAACAUAACUCGGAUAACAUGCAUCGAUCAUCUGCUUUACAAAAUGCUUUACGACGUCGUACCACGCCUACGUUAAGAGUAGGGAAAGAUGACACUAGUACUUCCAUAAAUGAAGACGAAAACGAGAUUUUGCCGUAUGAACCAAGGGUAUUUCCAUUAUCCGAAGAAGUAUAUGACAAAAUGCUAGAAGUGAUGCCAGAUGGGCAUUGGCAAGCUUCUUCAGCAUCUCUUUGUUCUCGCGAUGAAGAAAAAACAUAUGAUGAUGGGGAAAUGGAUUCUCCAGAAUCAGAUUCGACAGAAUCAGCUUGUUGUGACGUAGAGGGUGAGGAUCCCAAUGAUCCUGAAUGGACAGUAGCUGACGAUAGGGAUACUGAAAAGGAACGAAUACGUCCGACGGCUAAGAGAUAG